UGAUGCAUAUUUUAAAAGAGCAAUUUUCACUGUGCUUGUCAAGUAAACUAUACAAAUUUGUUUUAUUGUUAGCUAUACUUCGAUAGCUGUAAGUAGAAAUCCAAGAUCGAUUGGUUUUUGAUCCAAGUUUGACGAUUGGUGCAGAAUACAUGACGCCUCCUUGUAUUCUCUGGAUGUGAGUGUCAGUUAUGUCUGGAGGACGUGUGAAGUAUGUGUGCGACCAAGAUAAGUCAGUCUUGGUGAACAAUUUCGAGAAACGCGGAUGGGUUCCUUGUGCUGAAGAUGAGGACUGGAAUUUUUACUGGUUAGCCACAGUUUGCUACCACUACUGUAUGUUCCAGGAGACGAGCCUGAAGUUUUUCAAAGUCAAGUUCAAUCCCAAGGAUUGUAAGACAAGUCGCAGGUCCCUCCAGCUUAUCCGGAUGAAGGGGCAGGCCAAGUUUUUUUACACAGUUAAACACAGGUUUGAAGGUUGUUGUGGCAGACAGGGGAAGCCGGUGGGCCCAAGCUGUAAUGGUGAGACCUUAGAAACUGGAGAUAACAGGGGAAAAGAGACAACUGUAAUGCUGGGCUUAACUGGACCUGAAGCUGACCUGAAACUGGAACUGAAACUGGAACGGGACAGAACAAUUUUGCCAGCUGAGGCAGUCCAUUCUGCUGCCAAUUUAGCUGGGAUUGGUGCAUGGCCCGAACCGACAAUAAAAGCCUUCUCAGACUUGGGCACUGAUGCAGAAUUACCAAAGCUUGGCAGGCUACUGGCUACACUGGUACUGGUGAAGGGAGUGGUGAUAGGGGCCACGAAGUGGGCCGAGCUCGAGUCAGUGAUGGUCAACAUGGGAGAAAAAUUUAGUUUUGAUGGUGAUGGCAAUGGCGGUGGCGGUGGUGCUGGCGCUGAUGCUUAUGCUGGUGCUGGUGCUGUUCCUGUAUUUUGCAGGGUGAUCAACCAUUUCCCUAACCACUAUGAACUGACAAGAAAAGAUAUGAUGAUGAAAAACAUCAAGAGAUAUCGUAAAGAAUUAGAAAAAGAAGGAAAUCCUGUGGCUGAGAAAGAUGAACUUGGCAGAUACCUUCAUCUUGAUUUUAUUCCUGUUACAUUCAUCUUGCCAGCAGAUUAUAACUUGUUUGUGGAAGAAUUUAGAAAGAAUCCAUCCAGCACAUGGAUCAUGAAACCAACCAACAAAUCCCAGGGUAAAGGUAUUUUUCUUAUCAAUAGACUGUCACAGCUGAAGAAGUGGUCUAAAGACAGUAGAGGAACACCACUUGUUCACCCUGGUGGUAAAGAUGCCUAUGUAAUAUCAAGGUACAUUGAUAAUCCUUUGCUUAUUGGUGGCAAAAAGUUUGAUCUACGUAUUUAUGUUCUGGUGACGUCCUAUCGGCCUCUAAAGUGCUAUUUGUACAAACUAGGAUUCUGCAGAUUUUGUACAGUCCAAUACAAUGCAAGUCUUAAUGAACUAGACAACAUGUUUGUCCAUCUCACAAAUGUGGCUAUCCAAAAGUAUGGGGAGGAGUAUAAUCCAAUUCAUGGAGGCAAAUGGACUGUUAAAAAUUUACAAUUUUAUCUUGAAGGAACCAGAGGCAAAGAGGUGACAGACAAAUUGUUUGAUGAUAUCAACUGGUGCAUUGUCCACUCCCUCAAGGCUGUUCAGGCAAUUCAAGUUCCAAAACCACGCAGCUUUCAGAAAUGGCUGAAAGAGGAAGCACUUUUAAUGACUUCGCUAACCAUUUCUGGUUUGAAACCCUUUUACAUGGAAAUUUCGUUGAAAAGGGUGGAAAGAGAACUUCAGACUAUUUAUGAUAUCAUUAUUGACGAUAAUCUCAAGCCUUGGCUUAUAGAGGUGAAUGCUUCACCUUCACUGACUUCAACCACAUCUGCUGACAGAAUUAUGAAAUAUAAUCUCAUACAUGAUACUCUUAGUAUUGUGGUGCCCAAUGGAGAGAUUCCAGAUGUAAGGUGGAAUAAGUUACCAUCCAAAGAUGCUUUGGGAAGUUUUGAAGUUUUAUAUGAUGAAGAACUGGCCAGUCAAGAUGCUUUGGAAAGCAGAGCAGACUCACGAUCGAGAACGGCACAGACAGCAGCUUCUCGUGUCGUCAAAGACGGAAAGGCAAAGCAAGCUACAUGGAAAUGAAUUACAAUCAGUGGUUUCUCACGGGGGAGGGGGAGGGGUACACCAUGAUAUGGUCCAUAUAGGUCUGUGUGGCCUGUGCAAGUUUGGUCUGGAAUAGUGUGUUUUCACUCUGGCUUGUAUACAAGGAACUAAUUCUCUCCAAGCCAUUUCUGGUUAGUUGCCGUUCAUAUGUCAGAGCCCUGUUCAAAUUUUUGAGGUUUGAAAUGCGGUGUCAAUUUUUGGCUUGGAUCUGAAAUAUGGUACUGAAAAUGACAGAUUUUGGUUUGAAAUGGGGUAAAGCAAGGUUUAGGCCAUACACCCCAACCAAAAACCUUCCAGUGCACCCACUGGUUUCUGACCCUCUCGGAAUUAAAAUUUGUAGAGGAGUUGAUGGCAUGCAAAUAUUUAGCGGUUUAGUCAUGAUGUUAUUGGCUGUAAGACUGAGCCUGUGAUAUGGUCACAUGUUACUGAUCAGCAGAUACCUUGUUUUGACCAGUGUCAGUUGACCAUAACAUGGAUGUCCAAUAUCAAAGGAUGCUAUAAACUAAGGCUGCAUGCCUCUGUCAACCUAUUAGCUGGAGUAUGGCCGCCAUCUUGCGCAACUCCACCCACGAGCACUACCGCUAGCCAUAAGUAUAAGCAUGAGCAUGAGCACAAGAAAAACGAACAGUUCUGUUUUUCUUGUGCUUAUGCUUAUGUCGAGCGCAUUACUAGUGAAAACUGCA